GGUGGAGGCGGGCGGUGCAGGCGGGCUGUGUGUGCGGGCACCGGGCAGCGCAGCCCGGCGGGUCCCCUUCGGCGGGGAGGAAGGCGGGGCGGGGAGGGGAGGAGGUGAAAAACAGAGGCCUCUGAGUAGCUUGGUGCAGUUAGGUGCUUCCCUCCUGAGUGCUUGGAUGGGCGGGAGAGAGGAGCUGCUCCCUGGAGAGCCCGGCAGGCAGCCAGCCAGCCUCUUCCUCCUCCUAAUUUAACGGGCACUUGUGAGCGCUGACAGCAGCGAGGGGUUCUCGCAUUUGAGAUGCGUGGGCAGGACUGAGAAGAUUUUGCUCACUGUAGGACCCAGAGUGGCUUGGAUUUGUCAGAGGGAAAUGCUGCAGCAUGAACCCACCGCCUAGAGAGAAGGGAUCGCACCUCCUCGGCACUGCUCCCUGAGCCAGCCCGACAGCAGCCGUCCGGCGGGGGAGCCUGCACGGGGGACGGACGCCGGGAGCAGCCCAGCCCUGCCGCUCCGCCGCCCGGCUCCGGCGGGAUGCGCUCGCCGCCGCCUUCAUGCCGGAAGGGGGGACUCUGAACCGCCGCUCCGCGCCCUGCGAGCCUCUCGGGCAAGGACCCCGGGCAGCGGCGGGGCCCCGCGGCGAAGCCCGGUCCGGAGCCAUCCACGUGUCACCCGCCGGCGGUCCCCGGUGAAGGCGCCCGCUCCACCCGGUGGUGCGGGGGGGGGCACCCCUGAGCCUUUCGCCGCAGAAGCCAGCGGCGUCCCCCGGGGGGGGCGGCGGAGCCCGCCCGGCGGCCGCGAUCCGGUGCCCCAUGGUGCUGCUGCGGAAGCUGCCGGGCAUGCCGGGCUGGCCGGCGGCGCUGGGGCUGCGGCUGCCGCAGAAGUUCCUGUUCCUGCUCUUCCUCUCGGGCCUGCUCACGCUGUGCUUCGGGGCCCUCUUCCUCCUGCCCGAUUCCUCCCGCUUCAAGCGCCUCUUCUUGCCCCGCCGGGCCACCGCCUCCGCCUCCUCCUCCUCUUCUUCCUCCGCCUCCUCCUCCUCCGCCUCCUCCUCCUCCACCCGCGACACCGACCUGCCCCGCAGCCCCCCCGCCGCCGCCGAGCCCCGCCACGCCAGCCCCGCCGCCCCCCGCCGCCUCCGGGAGAAGCUCCGCACCGUCGCCCGCAUGGCCGGCCCGCCGGCCCACACCGCGCCGGGCUCCCGACAGCAGGUGCAGGGCGGCGAGCGGCGAGCCGAGCCCGCCACCGGGGCUCCCCCGGCCCGGGAGACGCGAGCUCCGCUCCGCUUCGACUACGAGCGGUUCCGCCGGAGCCUCCGCCACCCGGUGCGGGGCAGGCGGCCCGGCGAGGACCCCGAGACCCGCGCCCGCAGGAUGAAGAUUAAAGAGAUGAUGAAAUUCGCUUGGGAUAACUACAAACAAUACGCACUUGGAAAAAAUGAACUGCGACCGUUGACUAAGAACGGCCACAUCGGUAACAUGUUUGGAGGCCUUCGAGGAGCUACGGUGGUAGACGCCUUAGAUACUCUGUACAUCAUGGAACUCGAGGAGGAAUUCCAAGAAGCAAAGAAGUGGGUGGAGAAAAGCUUUGACUUGAAUGUGAAUGGAGAAGCAUCCUUGUUUGAGGUGAACAUCCGCUAUAUUGGAGGACUGUUGGCUGCAUACUACUUAACUGGAGAAGAGGUGUUCAAGAGUAAAGCUCUGGAACUUGGAGAGAAACUUUUGCCAGCUUUUAACACCCCCACUGGUAUCCCACGUGGCGUCAUAAAUCUGGGCAGUGGCAUGAGUUGGAGUUGGGGUUGGGCAUCUGCUGGAAGCAGCAUCUUAGCAGAAUUUGGUACCUUGCACUUAGAAUUCCUGCACCUCUCGGAGCUCUCUGGCAAUCCGGUGUUUGCAGAAAAGGUGAUGAACAUCCGCAAAGUCCUGAACAGAGUCGAGAAGCCACAGGGCCUUUAUCCCAACUUUCUCAGCCCGGUGACAGGGAACUGGGUGCAGCACCACGUCUCCAUUGGGGGGCUUGGGGACAGCUUUUAUGAAUAUCUCAUCAAAUCUUGGCUGAUGUCAGACAAGAAAGACUCUGAAGCUAAAAAGAUGUAUGAUGAUGCCCUAGAGGCAAUAGAAAAGCAUUUGGUCAAGAAGUCUGCUGGAGGAUUGACCUACAUUGCUGAAUGGAGGGGUGGCAUCUUGGAUCACAAAAUGGGUCACUUGGCUUGCUUCUCUGGGGGCAUGAUAGCACUUGGAGCUGAACACGCUGGACAAGAGAGGAAGCAACAUUACAUGGAUCUUGCCGCAGAAAUAACAAACACAUGUCACGAGUCUUAUGCACGCUCAGAUACCAAACUCGGCCCUGAAGCCUUUCGCUUUGAUGCUGGAACUGAAGCCAUGGCAACCAGGCUUAGCGAGCGCUACUACAUCCUACGUCCAGAAGUGGUAGAAAGCUACAUGUAUAUGUGGCGGCUGACACACGAUCCCAAGUACAGACAGUGGGGCUGGGAGGUUGUGAAGGCCCUGGAAAAACAUUGUAGAGUAGAAGCUGGCUUUUCUGGCAUCCGAGAUGUUUACACCACAACCCCAACCCAUGACAACAUGCAACAGAGUUUUUUCCUCGCAGAGACUCUGAAGUACCUCUAUCUUCUGUUCUGUGAAGAUGACGUGCUGUCCCUGGACGACUGGGUGUUCAACACAGAGGCUCACCCCCUGCCAGUCAACCACACGAACUUUAAAGCAAGUGUGCAGUAGUGAGGCCAUUGCCCAGCACCAUGCUUCUGCAGCAUCGGCGGGUUACUGCAUUUCCUUUCCAUUAAAGGAAUUCGCAUUGUUCCUAAAAUGGUAUUUUGGGGCACUAGUCCAAUUCCGGACAGUAUUAUAUUGGGAAGAUGAAACCAUGACGUAAGCACCUUCUUUUCCUCUGUGAGGAGCUCUAUUAGCCUGAUAAUGAGAUGUUUAUUCUGGGCCAUAUUGUACACAGUUCAUAGACAUUCCUUUAUACAGAGAAUUUAUAUGAAAUCCACUGACUUUGCUUAAUAGUGGCCAAAGGACUGGAAGUUUGCCAUAAAAUAGACUUCACACACACAGACGUCCUCUUUUCGUUUUUCUGUUUCAUUUUUGCCUUUUAUAUACUGUUGGAUUUAUCACCUUUCUAAUUAACAGUUUUCAAUAUACUGUGCUUUCUAGGUGGUAAGCUUUCUAGGCUCUUUAGGAAGGACAGGACAGGAGAACGAGGAAGGGGAGUUGCCCUUUAUGUGAGAGAGCAGCUGGAGUGCAUAGAGCUCUGCCUGGGGCUGGAUGAAGAGCUGACUGAGAGCUUAUGCAUUAGGAUUAAAGAGAGGACAGGUAAAGGUGACAUUACAGUGGGUGUCUUGUCUGCUGUAGGCCACCUGACCAGGAGGAACAACAGGAUCGGGCCCUCUACAGACAGAUAGAAGCAGCCUCAGGUUUGAAUUUGCAGGCCCUGGUCCUCAUGGGGGACUUCAACCACCCUGAUAUCUGCUGGAGGGACAACAGAGCAGGACAUGAGCAAUCCAGGAGGUUCCUUGAGUGGUUUGAUGAUAACUUCCUCCUCCAAGUGACAGAGGAGCCAACAAAGAGGGGUACUCAUUGGGGAUGUGAAGAUCAAAGGCAGCUUUAGCCGCAGUGACCAUGAGAUGGUGGAGUUCAGGAUCCUGUGGGCAGGAAAGGUAAAAAGCAAACUCACAACCCUGGACUUCAGGAGAGCAGACUUUGGCCUCUUCGAAGAUCUUCUUGGAAGAGUCCUGUGGGAUAAGACCCUGGAGGGAAGAGGGGCCUGAGAAAGCCAGUUAAUAUUCAAGAAUCAUGUCCUCCAAGCUCAAGAGAGUUCCAUUCCAGUGAGCAGGAAGUCAGGCAAAAAUGCCAGGAGGCCUGUGUGGAUGAACAGAGAACUCCUAGCCAAACUUGAACACAAAAAGGAAGCAUAUAGAGGGUGGAACCAAGGAUGGGUAACCUGGGAGGACUACAGAAACAUUGUCUGAGCUUCCAGGGCUUACGUUAAGAAAGCUAAAGCCCAAAUGGAAUUUAAUUCAGGCAGGAAUAUCAAAGACAACAAGAAGGGCUUCUAUGAGAACAUAGGUGACAAAAGGAAGACUGGGAAAAUGUGGGCCCACUGCUCAACAAGACAGGGGACCUGGUUACACAGGACAUGGAAAAGGUUGAAAUACCAAAUGUUGCCUUUGCCUCAGUCUUCACUAGCAAGACCGGCCUUCAGGAAUCCCAGGUUCCACAGACCAGGGGAAAGGCUGGAGCAAGGAAGAUGUACCCUUGGUGGAAGAGGAUCAGGUCAGGGAAUACUUAAGCAAACUGAACAUACAUAAGUCCAUGGGCCUUGAAGGGAUGCACCCACAAGUGCUGAGGGAGCUGGCAGAUAUCAUUGCAAGGCCACUGUCAAUAAUCUUUGAUUGAUCAUGGCAACUGGGAGAAGUGCCCGAAGACUGGAGUAAAGCAAAUGUCACUCCUAUGUUCAAGAAUGGCAAAAAGGAGGAGCCAAGGAAUUAUAGGCUCGUCAGCCUCACCUCAAUCCCUGGGAAGGUGACGGAGCAGCUAAUCCUGGAAACAAUUUCCAGGCACGUGAACAACAAAAAAAUCUUCAGGAGUAGCCAGCAUGGCUUCACCAAGGGGUAAACUUCUUGAUAAACUUCUACGAUGAAAUGACUGGCCUGGUAGAUGAGGGGAGAGCAGCAGAUAUUGUCUAGCUGGACUUCAGGAAGGCCUUUGAUACUGUCAAAGGAGAUCAUCAUAGACAAGCUGUUGAUGUAUGAGGUGGAUGAGCAGACAAUGAGGUGAGUUGAAAACUGGCUGAAUGGUUGGGCAUAGAGGUGGUGAUCAGUGGCACCAAGUCUAGUUAGAGGCCAGUAGCUAGCAGAGUAUGCCAGGGGUCAAUACUGGGUCCAGUCCUCUUCAACAUCCUCAUUAAUGAUCUGGAUGAUGGGGCAGACUGUACCCUCAGCAGGUUUGCUGAUGACACAAAACUAGGAGGGAUGGCUGAUAUGCCGGAGGGACGUGCUGCCAUCCAGAGGGACCUCGACAGGCUGGAGAAGCCGGCUGAUAAGAACCUAAUGAAUAAGCAGAAGUGCAAAGUCCUGCACCGGGGAAGGAACAACCCCAUGCACCAAUCUAUGCUGGGGCACCUGGCUGGAAAGCAGCUUGGCAGAAAGGACCUAGGGGGUCCUGUGGACACCAAAUUGACCAUGAGCCAGCAGUGUGUCCUUGCUGCAAAGAAGGCUGAUGGUAUCCUGGGCUGCAUUAGACGAAGUAUUGCCAGCAGCACAAGGGAGGUGAUCCUUCUCCUCUACUCAGCACUGGUGAGGCCACACCUGAAGUACUGUGUCCAGUUCUGGGCUCCUCAGUACAAGAGAGACAUGGACAUACUGGAGAGAGUCCAACAAAGGGCCACGAAGAUCAUUAAGGGACUGGAACAUCUCUCCUAUGAGGAAAGGCUGAGAGAGCUGGGCCUGUUUAGCCUAGAGAAGAGAAGGCUCAGGGGUGAUCUUAGUAAUGUAUAUAAAUACCUGAAGGGAGGGUGCAACGAGGACAGAGCCAGGCUCUUUCCAGUGCUGCCCAGUGACAGGACCAGAGGCAGUGGGCACAAACCAAAACACGGGAGGGUCCCUCUGGACAUGAGGAAACACUUUUUUACUCUGAGGGUGACCAAGCACUAGCACAGGUUGCCCAGGGAGGCUGUGGAGUCUCCAUCCUUGGAGAUAUUCAAAAGCCACCUGGACACAGUCCUGGGCAGCUGCCUUUAGGUGACCCUGCUUGAGCAGGGGGGCUGGACCAGAUGACCUCCAGAGGUCCCUGCCAAGCUCAACCAUUCUGUGAUUCUGUGGUGUUAAAAUUGUAACUAAAUCAAAACCUGUCUGCAAAAUUCUUGAUCCUGAUGUAUUUUUAUAUACCUUUUCUGUGCUCUUAAAACACAUUUACCGCACAUCACAUCUCAUUUAACUUUCCUUUAUCGUUUUUGUGUUUUUCUACUUUUAUUUGGAACUAAAUGUUAUGAGUCACUUGUAAUAAUUUCACUGCUGUAAUAGUCAAAUCUGUGAAACAGAAUAAAAGUCUUGUAAAAUAAAAA